GGGCUAAAAAUGACUAGUUGUUGUAUGUGUUUCCUUUGAAUAAAAGCUCAACAAACAAAAACUAGAAGUCAUUAUGUAAAAAAACUAAUGACAUAGUAUUAGGUAUUUUUUGCAAAUUAUUCACACAUGUUGCCAAAAGUUGUUUUUUAUAUUAUAUGUUUGGUCAGCGAAAACGGUUUAAAGCACUCUCUCUUUCCUCUCGCCUUCCUUUGAUGAUCCUUUUUAGUUCCCUUCUUCUCAUUGCUCUUGAGACCAUCUCCGAACUCAAAGGAAACUAGAAACAAUGGAAGUGAUGAGCUUGACUGCCCCAUCUUCACCGAGACAAUUAUCUGGCUGCUUCUUAAGCGCACCAACAAGCCCUAGAAGAUUCAAUGAGUUUUAUAGAGAGUUUGAAGAGGCCGCAACAAGAAACUUCUCCGACCGUCUUACGGUUCCUUUUGAUUGGGAAGAGACUCCAGGCACGCCUAGGAAGAUCACCAACGAUGAUGAUGAUGAUAUUGAUUUCGCUUUCGAGAUUGGUGGGAAACUCGAAACGACGUCGCUUUUUGCUGAAGAGCUUUUUGAUGGAGGCAAAAUCAAACCCUUGAAGCCUCCUCCGUAUUUACAAUUAGACCAUCAUCAUCAGCCUCAGAUUUUAUCUCCAAGGUCUCCAAGAUCACCUAUUGCUCAUGGUAAGAACAUUAUCCGCAAAGCUUUUUCCCCAAGAAAGAAACCGGAUAACGUGGAUCCUUUUGAGGUCGCCAUGGAUAAAGCUAGGAAUGGCUUAGGAGAGGAAAGAGGGAGAGGGAGACGUCAAAACUCUGGUCGUAGAGUUGCUCGAUCACUUUCGCCUUUUCGGGUUUCGGCUUAUCCAUGGGAAGAACAAGAACAAGAACAAGAACAAGAACAGAGAGAUGUACAAGAACAGAGGAAAGGGACCUUGUCUUCUAUUCCAUCUACAUCUUCAUCAGCUUGCGUGUCUUGCAAGUCAUCUUCCUCAAAGAAAUGGAGACUAAAGGACUUUCUUCUGUUCCGAAGUGCAUCCGAAGGAAGAGCAAGGCACAACAAAGAUUCGGUAAAGACGUUUACAAGUUUGUUUAGGAAGCAAGAAGACACCAAGAACUCGAGUUCACGAGGAAGAGGGUCAUCAUCGGUCUCCGCCCAUGAAUUCCAUUACAUGUCUAAGAAAGCAGAAACGAAAGAUUUGAAGAAGAAGACUUUCUUGCCUUACAUGCAAAUAGGACGAUUCGCCUUCUAAAUUAGUUCUUCCAAAGCCAGAAGUAAAAAGAUUUAUUUGUUUGUUCAAUUAUGUUCUAUGAAGGACCAAGUCUCUUCUUCUCUCUUGUGUGGUUGAUUUGUGCUCAGAAGUUUGUAGAAAUUAACAUCUUUUGUACACAUUAGUUUUGCUAUACGCAUUAUGUGACUGUCCAUCUUUUACAUUUACACAAAAAACAAAAGUCUCCAACUAAAGUUUAGUCAUUAAGUUUUGUCUUUACGAGAGUUCGAGUGUAUAUAUUAAUUUAAACAUCUUAUAUAUUGAUACCCGUUAUAUAUGAAUCGAUGGAAAAUCCAAUGCUGUUCUACUAGUCCAAGAUGGUUAUUUAUAAAGAGUUAAGGAAAAAUGGUUAUAU